UAUUCAAACUUUUAAACCAAUUAAAGUUCUCCUAGUAUUUAAAAUUUAGGACAGUCCUAAUAUUCUUUCUAUUUCUCCGUUGCCAAUUUAUUAUUCACUUUCAAGUUUCAACCCCAAAUCUCAAUCAAUUCAACCAUCUGAGUCAAACCCUAACCCUAGCUCAGCCAUUGUUUCCGAUGGCUCGACAAGGCGCCACUAAGCUCAUCGCCAAUCUGUCCUCGAAGCUCGCGCAGCAGUCUCGAUGCUUCGCCACUGCUCCGCCGCCGCCGGCGGUGUUCGUUGACAAGAAUACACGUGUGAUCUGUCAGGGGAUCACCGGUAAAAACGGCACCUUUCACACUGAACAAGCAAUUGAGUACGGCACUAAAAUGGUCGGUGGUGUUACUCCCAAGAAGGGGGGGACUGAACACUUGGGGCUUCCUGUCUAUAAUACAGUCGCAGAAGCAAAAGCUGAUACCAAGGCUAAUGCAUCCGUUAUAUAUGUUCCUCCAGCUUUUGCUUAUAAAGCUAUUAUGGAGGCACUGGAAGCUGAGUUGGAUUUGAUUGUGUGCAUCACAGAAGGAAUUCCUCAGCAUGACAUGGUUCGUGUCAAGGCUGCUCUCUUACAGCAAUCGAAAACCCGAUUAAUUGGUCCAAACUGCCCUGGUAUCAUUAAGCCCGGAGAAUGCAAGAUCGGGAUUAUGCCUGGGUACAUUCACAAACCAGGAAGGAUUGGAAUUGUUUCUCGAUCCGGCACAUUGACUUAUGAGGCGGUUUUCCAAACAACUGCUGUUGGCCUAGGGCAAUCAACUUGUGUUGGUAUUGGAGGGGAUCCAUUUAAUGGUACAAAUUUUGUGGAUUGCCUGAAGAAAUUUAUUGCUGAUCCCCAGACAGAAGGUAUCGUUCUCAUUGGUGAAAUAGGUGGUACUGCAGAAGAGGAUGCUGCAGCCCUUAUAAAGGAAAGUGGAACUGAAAAGCCUGUAGUUGCUUUCAUUGCUGGACUCACUGCUCCACCUGGACGACGUAUGGGUCACGCUGGAGCCAUAGUAUCAGGUGGAAAGGGUACUGCACAAGACAAAAUUAAGACCUUGAGGGAAGCUGGGGUAACAGUAGUGGAGUCUCCAGCAAAGAUAGGAACAGCCAUGUUUGACGUCUUCAAACAACGAGGUCUUCUUUAGGCAAGGCAGGAGCCUGCUAUGCAUGCGCUGCAGCAGGAUUUGCAAACAAUGCAUACUCUUUUUGUUGCAAAUUGCGUACUCUUUUUGUCAAUAUUUACGGGUAUUAUAUCUUUUCCAGCUGUUCCAAAUAAACGCUCACACUCUUAUGCUAAAAUGGUUAAUGGUGUAUCAUGUCUUCUUAAUUAACCCAAAAGAUGCCGAAAAAACCGAAAUAUGUGGGUAUGAUAUUAGGAAUAUGUAAGCAUUACUUUUGACUAUCGAACAUAUGAGAUUUUCUUGAGUUUACAUUUCAUGUGAUGCUCGAGAUAAUUAUCUGAAUUUUGAUCAAGCUAAGACAAGGUAUGUCAUCUUCAGUUA